AUGGCAGCCAUACCUAUUAUCAUCAAACACGGCGGCAAGCGCUACGAAGUCGAGCUUGAUCCAGCCUCCACCGGCGAAACAUUGAAAUAUCAGCUAUUCUCCCUGACCGGCGUGGAACCAGAUCGACAAAAGGUACUCAUCAAGGGUGGCCUUAAAGAUGACACCCCCCUGUACUCCCUCAACGCCAAACCAGGCCAAACCUUCAUGAUGAUGGGCACACCUUCCGGAGGCCAAGACGCUCUGAGCAAACCCAAGGAGACAAUGAAGUUUUUGGAGGACAUGACGGAUGCUGAAGUGGCACAGCAAGAGGGAGCCAUCCCUGCUGGUCUACAGAACUUGGGCAACACCUGCUACUUGAACUCCACCCUCCAGACCCUUCGCGGUGUUCCUGAGCUGCAGGCGGAGCUUGUUAAGUACCAGCCAAGCAGCAGCUCCGCUGAGUCGAAUCUGUCACGUCUCAGCAGCUUUGGUCUUGGUGGCUUAGAAAGCCGAAAGGACAUUGCUGCGCAGCUACGGAAUCUGUUCAAGCAGAUGUCUGAGACCCAGGAGGGCAUUCCGCCCUUGGAGUUCCUGGUUGCUCUCCGAGAAGUUUUCCCCCAAUUUGCUCAACAGGACCGCAACGGCCACGGCUAUGCGCAGCAAGAUGCCGAAGAGGCUUGGUCGCAGAUUAUCAACCAACUGCGGGCCAAACUGACGAUCUCGGACGGAGAGUCAGGCAGUCGGACGUCGUUCGUCGACAGAUAUAUGGCCGGUCAGUUCAGCUCCGUCACGGAGUGCGAUGAUCCCGCAGCCAAGCAGGUGGGUGAGGAACCCAACAAGUCCUCUGACGUCUUUUUCAAACUGGAUUGCCACAUCGGCAAGGACACCAAUCACCUUCAGGAUGGCAUCAUGGCCGGCUUGGAGGAGCAGAUCGAAAAGCAGUCCCCAACUUUGGACCGCAAUGCUAUGUACACUAAGCGAUCGCGGAUUUCUCGCCUGCCGCAGUACUUGACCGUGCAUUUUGUCCGCUUCUUCUGGAAGCGCGAGACUCAGAAGAAGGCCAAGAUCAUGCGUAAGGUAACAUUCCCGGCUGAGCUUGACGUGGUGGAAUUCUGUACCGAUGAACUUCGGGACCAACUUGUCCCUGUUCGUGACAAGGUCCGCGAAAUUCGCAAAGAUGAGGUAGAUGCCGAGCGCUCUCGCAAGCGUCAAAGACUAGCUCUUGAUCGGGAAGAACAACAAAAGAAGAAUGAAGCUGAGGGCGGUGAAAGUGCAAACUUGGAACCGAUGCAGAAGAAGAAGGUGGUUGAGGAGACCAAGGACAAGAAGACCGACAAGAAGAACGACAAGGACGGUGAUACUGAGAUGGAGGAGGAGUUCAAGACCGAUGCUCAAUACGAAGAGGAGAAGAAUGCUGCGAUCAAGGCUGCCAAGAUAGAGCUGCAGGAGCUUCUCAAGCAACGCGGCUCCUCGGAUAGCGGGACCAACCAGUCGGGCCUGUACGAACUCCGUGGUGUGAUUACCCACCAGGGUGCGAGCGCCGACAGCGGUCACUACACAGCAUAUGUCAAGCAGCAGAGCCGAAAGGCCGACAACCAGACUGGUAGCAAGCGUCGUGAGGAGGAAGACAACAACAAGUGGUGGUGGUUCAAUGACGACAAAGUCACCGAGGUCGAGGCCGAGAAGAUCGAGACCUUGGCUGGUGGUGGCGAGUCCCACUCAGCUUUGAUUCUUCUCUACCGCGCUAUUGAAUUGCCCACUGUGGACUGA